AGAUAUUUCCGGAUCUCGAAAGCAGUAAUCAAGAAUCGAAAAGUUGACAAAAACGUCUAAAACAGGAACAUAAAUAACAUCAGGGUUGUCAGAUUUAAGUUUUAAUGUAAUUUAAAAUGUUAAAUGUUUCUUCCGAGUAGAGACAAUAAUGUUGUUUCGUGCAACAUCUUGAAAGCGCUUCAACAGUUCAAAAGUCGCGUGACACUAUCAGCUGACAUCAGUGACGAGUUGAAAGACGACUUGCACCACAAUGAUAACAUUGCUUGUCAAAUUGCCGCCUGAACAAUGUCCUAAACUCUUGCACAGGGUCGUGGAUGGAUUGUGCUGCAGGAGUGGUCCAAGGCGAAUAGAUUAUGGUGACAGGUGGAGUCUGACAGAAUGGAUGGAGUUAAUGGACAGUCUCUCCUCUCUCAUCCGUUUUGCUGUAGGGAGGGCGUGCUCAGAUCAAGAGGUUCAGCAACUGCUGAGUGAUUUGGACACUGCGCGUGCAGAGGCCGUUCUGCAGUGUGUGCACUCCAGGUUUGAUGAGCUCAGACAUGCUUUGGUAGACAGAACCAAUGCCAUCUCUAGCACUCAGCUACAGGACUUCAACUGGCAGUUAAAGCUUGCAUUAUCUAGCGAUAAGCUGUCAGCUUUGAAUACUCCUCUGCUAAAUCUCAGUCUGGAACUAAAAGAGAAUGGAAUUCAGAGAUCUGUAAACAUGGAAAUGAACAAAGAGGAGCUACAAACACUCAUCAGUGCACUAGAAGCAGCCAAUAAGGUUGUGCUGCAGUUGAAAUGAAGAGACCGCAAGUAUAUUAUCUCCAUUCAAACAUGCAUCUGUGUCAUCUUACCUUCAGAGAGGAAUUCUGAUGUCUAUAUAAUGAGAUAAUGCCUGCAUGCAAACAGGAGCCUUAUGGACAUAAUCUUAAGUGAAAACCUUACUGCUGAAGCAUUUAUGCAGAGUUCAACAGACUGGAUGUGAAUAUUAUUGUUUUCUGGGCAAAAGCUGCAUUAAUACUGGCUUUGAGUUGACUUGUUGCUAAUGCCUGAUUUAUGGGAAUUGUUGAUAUAGAGGCACAACGAAGAGUUAAAGGACUGCAUACACUUAUUGUAUUAAUUUCCCCAUGGAUUUUUUUUUUAUACCAUGCAAAUGGAUUUUGGUUUCAUUUGAUAGUAGCAUUUUUAUUUCCAUUAACUAAAAACAUUAAAUGCAAGCUUGAAUAGUUCUCUUUUUUGCCAAAGAAUGUCAACAGAAUAAUUAACAGAGGUAGAAAUCUCCAACACUUUUUUUCAUGCUAUCAUGUGACAUGACUCACUUGUAAUCCUGAUUAAAAGGUCAAAGUUUAGGUACCCAGUCUCCACACUAAUUUAGAAGUGGGUUAAAUCAAGUUCUCUUGAUUCUUUUUAGUACCAUUUACAUGAGAGCUGAGGCAAUCAGUGUGAUAACAAUUAACCCUCAAUUAAAUGUGCAUACACCCAAUGUUUUGAUUCAUUCCACAGUUUUGUGAUUCCUAGACUACUCCGAUAGCACACACUCACCAUUUGUUGUUUAUACAACAACAAAGCAUGCAAGUAUAAAAAUCAACACUUCACGUAGUUAUUGGUUUUGUGAGAUAUUUUAAUUGAAUUCAUUAAAAAUUUAAGAUUUAAAAUAAAGUAUCCUUAAGAGCAACUGUGCUUGCAGUCCAGGGCUCACAUACACUCAAGAUUCAAGCACUUUUUCAAUAUCUUUCAGCCAUAUAUUCUCCUACAGCACACACCAUACCAGCAUUGGAGUACACAGAUCAAUAGCAUUAGUGCAAUUACAAAAAUCAUACAUGGUUAACAGCUCUAAUAGAAUACUGUUUUUUUUUUUUUAAAUCAUUUUUAUUUGCAUAGCGCUUUUUUACAUCACCAUUUCAUACUUUUUGUAGUUUGAUUAAAUAUGAUUGUAAAAUGUGUAUCGAAAUUAAAUAAUAAUUGUAUUUAGAACCCCUGUGAGCAACAGAAAGUAACCGUGGGAAGGAACACAAAACUCCUUAAGAUGUUGGUUAAUGGUGAAAAAUAACCUUGGGAGAAACUUAAGUUUAUGCAGAGUUAUAGAUCAUGAUGGAUGUUUCUGGUUCCGGCAGACCUAACUAAAGCAGCCUAAAUGUGAGUUGAAGUAUAAAUUAGAUAUAUGCCUGGCUAAAUAGAUGAGUCUUUAGUCUAGACUUAAACUGAGUGAGUGUGUCUGCAUCUCGGACAGUGUUAGGGAAACUAUUCAAUAGUUAGGAGCCAAGGAUGAAAAGUAUGAAAAUCUACCUCCUAUUGUGGAUAUUUAUAUUUAUUAUCAAGCCACAAUUUUAAGCAUGUCAGAAGGUCACUUAAGUACUGUAGAGUUAGACCAUUCAAAGCUUUGUGAGUAUAACAGACUUUUAAAAUGAAUAUGAUAUUUAACAGGUAGCCAAUGUAACGACGUUAAAAUUUGGCUAAUAUGGUCAUAUUUCUUAGUUCACAUAUUUCUUGCCAACACUCUGGCAGCUGCACUUUGAACCAAUUGAAGUUUAUUUUUUGGACUUGCUGGACAUCCUCCCAGUAAUGCAUUACAAUAAUCUUGUCUUGAGGUCAUGAGUGCAUUAAUAAAGUUUUCGGCAUCAGCAACAGAGAGCAUGUGUAGUAAUUUAGGAAAAUUUCUGGAAAAAAACACUGGAAAUUAGAUUUUCAAAGGACAGAUUGGUAUCAAAUAUAACACCUAAUUUCUUUCCUGAAGAAGACAACAUAACUACAUCCAUCGGGAGUCAAAUUAUAUUUUAGCGGCUUAUUUUUAGAAGUGUUUGUUACAAUCAUUAGUACCUCUGACUUGAUGGAAUUUCUGUCCAUUCAAUCUUUAUUUCAUUGAUACACUCUGCUAAU